UGACGUACUGUUUCAAGAUGGCGUCGCAGUACUACCAGGAGAUGCAGGAGAGUUUCAAAAACAACAACAAAAGUCGCGAAUUCCCCGCUCAUUCCGCGAAAGUCCACUCGGUGGCGUGGAGCUGCGACGGCCGGAGGCUCGCGUCUGGAUCUUUCGACAAAACCGCGAGUGUCUUCAUCCUGGAAAAAGACCGACUGGUGAAGGAGAACAACUACAGAGGUCACGGCGACAGCGUGGAUCAGCUGUGCUGGCACCCGACCAAUCCGGACCUGUUCGUCACAGCCUCGGGAGACAAGACCAUCCGCAUAUGGGACGUUCGCACGACCAAAUGCAUCGCCACGGUCAAUACGAAAGGAGAAAACAUCAACAUCUGCUGGAGCCCCGACGGCCAGACGAUCGCCGUGGGCAACAAGGACGACGUGGUGACCUUCAUCGACGCCAAGACCCACCGCUCCAGGGCCGAGGAGCAGUUCAAGUUCGAGGUGAACGAGAUCUCGUGGAACAACGACAACGACAUGUUCUUCCUCACCAACGGAAACGGGUGCAUCAACAUCCUGAGUUAUCCUGAGCUGAAGCCGAUCCAGUCCAUCAACGCUCACCCGUCAAACUGCAUCUGCAUCAAGUUCGACCCCACGGGCAAAUACUUUGCCACAGGAAGUGCCGACGCUCUGGUCAGCCUGUGGGACGUGGAGGAGCUGGUGUGUGUGCGCUGCUUCUCCAGGUUAGAUUGGCCCGUCAGGACUCUGAGCUUCAGCCAUGACGGUAAGAUGUUGGCUUCCGCCUCCGAGGAUCACUUCAUCGACAUCGCAGAGGUGGAAACAGGAGAGAAGCUGUGGGAGGUCCAGUGCGACUCGCCCACCUUCACCGUCGCCUGGCACCCGAAGCGGCCGCUGCUCGCCUACGCCUGCGACGACAAAGACGGGAAGUACGACAACAACCGCGAGGCGGGAACCGUCAAACUGUUCGGCCUCCCCAACGACUCGUGAGACGCCCGCAGAGACGUCCUCGCUCUCUUUGUCCCGGUAAAACUCACAAGCUGCAGUUUCACUCACACGUGAAACCAAACUCCCUGUUCCGUAAUGUGUAUAUAUAUAUGUUUUUGUAAAAUAAGCACCAGUUUUUUUAUAUUAAAAUUUGUCUCUUUGUAAUUUUUGUGUCUGGAGACAUUUUUUUUAUUAUUUUUUUUAAUUUUAAAAUUAAAUUUGAAUUAAGAAACAGACGACAAGUCUUAAACUGUCCUCAGUUUAGUGAGUUUUGUUAAUAUUUCAGUUUUUUUGGCGUCUUCAAAUAUAUGAACAAUGUUUUUCAGCCAUUUACUAAAGAUACAGAAAAUACAGUCAUUUCACUUAAGUCUAGCUAAAUUUCGGUUUUCUGCUUGAAAACAUUGACAUAAAUGACGGUAAAAUCCUCAGAAAUAUUAAAGUUAUUCACACAUUUGCUCCUUUUUUCACUGCUAUAGUUUGACAACUUUAAUAAAUUGAUAUUCACAUCGACACUGGUUUAUCCAAGAUGGUUUCUGAACAAAACCUCAAAAGUUCACUCUGCAAGAAAAUCAUCACAUUGAAGCAAGAAAAUAAUAAUAAAAUGUAAAUAUCUUGUCCCAAUUCACAAGUAAUUA